UAUGAGCGAAGAAGACGAACCGAAAAAAGCCGCCGCCGACGCCGCCGACGGUGAAGAUGAUGAUAAGGAGAAUUUGGAUGAUUCCCGGGCGAAUAGUUCGCUGGCAAAUUCCACAUUUGUCACUAGUGGAAGAAUCCAAAACGAGAAAGCAGACGUCGAAGUGGAUGGAACUCUGGAUUUGGCGAAUUUAUCACUUACAAAUCUGGAAAAAAGCUUUGCGGCCGAAUAUUCAGAAGUUAAACACCUGAAAAUUAGUGGAAAUUGCUUUCAAAAGUUUACCUAUAUAAAGUUAUUCCCUAAAUGCCAAAUUAUCGAUGCUCGCGAUUGUCAAAUCAACAAGUUUAUCGCUGAUUUUAAUUAUAAUUUACUAGAACUCCAUCUCGCAAGAAAUCAACUGAAAGAGACGAAUCAAUUGGGAAGAUUCGAGAAUUUGAAAAUUCUCGAUCUAUCAAACAAUCUCAUCGAGCCGCCCGUCUCGUUUUCACUCAAAAAUCUGGAAAUUCUGAAUUUAAGCGGAAAUUUUUUGAACGAAAUUCCCGAUUUGAGCAAGUGCGUGGCUCUUCAGACGAUAAGCUUGGCUGACAAUAAAAUUUCGGAUUUAACUACAAUAACCAAACUGAUUUGCCCAACUAAUCUCAAAAAUCUAGAUAUUUCUUCAAAUUCCAUCGAAGAUCUUUCUCAAUUCUCAGUGCUAUCAACGUUUAAAAAACUUGAAGAAUUCGUUGUAGCCGGCAACCCAUCCAUCACCUCCGUGCUAGAUUCUGACCUAUUCGAUUAUCGUUCAUAUAUCUUCGCGUGCUGCUCCGAGCAGCUUCACACCAUUGACGGCCAGAAAAUCGAGGAUCAAGUACAGACGGAAGGAGAAUGGCUUGCACUUCAAGGAUCCAUCAAGAAAAUUGGUCCGGGAAAUCAUGAUGCUCUGUGCCAGCAAAUAGCUUCUCACUUUCCUGAUAGUGGACCUCCGACGCCGGCUCAAAAGUCUUGUCACAAAGCUUUGGAGAAGAGAAGAUCCAUGAAAGUUCCCGAGAAGCAUCUGGAGGAAUUCAGUGAGGAUACGGAUCGAACUGAAAAUUCGGUCUAUUCACCAUUCAGAGAAUGGAAUGGAAAGAUUGGAGCUUUGAUGACUCCAGAAGCUUCCGGGAGCAGCAGAAGGAUCCCAGUGAACAAGAAUCUGAGGAUGUGCUCACCGCCCGAAGCUCGGAAGAAUAAAACUUUCAAAUUUCAAAACGAAACCUCCCCGAAUCGCUAUCCCGAGAAUUUCCGUCCCCUAGGCUCUACACGAAGUAUUUCAACUGAAACCGUAAUCUGCUCAUCUCGAACAGAAGUCAGUUUCACAGUGGACGGAAGAAGCGAAUCGACGCCACUGCCACGUAUUGAUUGUGCUCCAUUAGAGCGAAAAGAGCAGGAGCCAGAGCAACGUCAUACUCCGAGUGUCGCCGAUGUGACCUAUGUUGGUGAAGAGAGCGACGGAGAGCUGAAACAGAAAGUGGCGUAUUUGGAAAAAAGUGUCGAUGAGCUGAAAAUUCAAAAUGAGAACCUGACGGCUAUCAACGAUCGGCUAGUGGAUACUCUGGAAGAAUUUAAAGCCGAACAGGCAGAAAUGUGGAAAGCUAUUCGAAAUAUGAUCCCGACACCUCAAAAUGUGAUUAGUAAUUUCCUCGUCGAAAAUGAAGAUGGCCAUCAUGUACAUCAAGUCAGAUGGGAUAUGCCGGCAGUGAAGGAAUUUCGAAUUUUCGUUGAUGGAAAUCAGUGUGGACAGAUUAAAGGAAAGAAUAACUCGGCAAGGAUUACGGAUUUGACGUCAAAUGAACCGCAUACUGUUCAGAUUCAGGCCGUCGGAAACAACGGACUACAUGGAGAAAUAUCGAAAAAGCUGCAUAUCGUCCCGAAAUAAAUUAUUAUUAUUAUUAUUAUCCAUCAAAAAUUCCGUGUAAUUUCCCAAUUUUCACUUGUAAUUUUAAAUUUUCGAUAUCAUUUUUUUUUCGUGUAAUAUCCAUCAAUUCAAAUAUUCCGUCUUCUUCCGCCAAUCUCAUAUGUUUCUCUGAUACUCAAAUAAACCAAGUGUGUGUGUGUGUGAAGCUUGUGUGCACUCUCUCCCUCCCUCUCUCUCUCUGAGAGCAAAUCUUGCACCA